UGAUACAGUUGCAACAGAACAGAUAUAGAUAGCGAAGAUAUACCUAAUGAUAGCGCGACAAAAGACACUGAGUGGCGAUUUGGACACUCACAACAAUGGAGAGAACAAGCGAAGAAUGAAUGCUGUUGAACACGAGGAUGUUUCUAAGUAACUGCGCACCGUUUGUUUCCCACGCAAAAUAACGAAUUGGAUGGUGUAAGUAAUUUUCACUGGUUAUUGCUUGCUCCUUUGAGGAUGUGAUAAUGCUGUAUGCUCAUGUUUCUCGGCAUGCAAGCAUCGGCAUGCAUUUGAAUUAUCGAUGUGUAUUAUGGACCUUCAGUGACAGUGUCCGUUUGGAAUGACGGAGAAAA